ACUAACAGCAGCCAUCAGCUGUUAUCUUCUCAUGCGGUCGCCUCAAUGCGUUCAAUUGGUUUUUUGAAUAAUUUCUACAAAUUUCUGAAUCCACCAUUUUCCCGAGUUCUGCCCAUUCGCAGAAUGGCGUGCAGCAGGUUUGAGUAUGUAAAGUCCUUCGAGCAGGACGACAGCAUCCUUCCCAACGUGUGGAUUGUGAUCCGGAUUGAUGGCAAGAAGUUUCACAAGUUCUCCAAGACCCACGACUUUGACAAGCCCAAUGAUGAAAAUGCACUUAAUGUAAUGAAUGCUGCUGCUACAGCUGUGAUGCAAGAAUUCCGGGAUAUUGUUCUGGCCUAUGGUCAGAGCGAUGAGUACUCCUUCGUUUUUCGCAAGGAGACUACCGCGUUCAAACGGCGAUCAGCCAAACUACUCACCUAUGUCACCAGCCUUUUUUCUUCGAGCUACGUGAUGCAGUGGCCUCGUUGGAAGAGCGGUCCCCUGGCCUACGCUCCCUGCUUCGACGGAAGGGUAGUUUUGUAUCCAUCGGACGAGAAUUUAAGGGACUAUCUUAGCUGGCGACAGGCCGACGUUCAUGUCAACAAUCUCUACAAUACUGCCUUUUGGAAACUUGUCCUGGACAAGGGUCUUUCGAAUCAGCAGGCAGAGGAGCGGCUGCGGGGAACCUUCUCGGCCGACAAGAACGAGUUACUCUUCCAGGAGUUCGGCAUCAACUACAACAACCUUCCGGCCAUGUAUCGAAAGGGAACGAUUCUGCUCAGAAAGCGAUUGGUGGACCGAAAGGGAAGACAAGCCAUUGUGCCUCUACAUGAAGAUUUGAUUUCUUCGCAGUUCUGGAAGCACCACACUGAGAUCCUUGGAAAAUAUGUCCCUGGAAGCUACAGUUCACCAGAGGGACUUCCCAAAUUGGUUGAGAACCAACUGAAUGAGAAGCAUUCUUCGGAGCAGGAAGACGAGCAGCCACAAAUUAAGGCCGAUAUUAGCUGAUAGUACAACUUAUGGCAAUAUAUUUUAAGAUUAAAUUACAUUAGUGCAUUAAGAGAAA